AUGUCACUUGAAGUGACUUCUAUCUUCUGGUCUUGUGGCUCCCUUCGGUACCUCCUCGCCGAAUGCAUUAAGGAGGGUUAUGAGGCCGAAUCUGUGCACGCCUCACCUUCGAAAAUCGAGAAAUCGACUUACGCACGUGUCUUUCCGACAGCUCAUUCAGGCAACCGGUGUCCAAUUUCCCGUCAGUUCACCAUAAAGAGCAUUACACACAAAUCUGUAUCUUUCAUAGUCCUCGCCUGUCCUCACUCCCCUCUUUCGCCGAAAAAUACGUGA